AUGACGGACAUCAUAUCCGCCACAACAACCCUCCUCGACGCCGCCCUCGCUUGCUUCGAGCGCGUCCAGAUCGCCCGCUCAUUCGACCAGGACUUCAACUCCCACCGCAUCAAGCUCGACAUCAUCCAGCUACGUCUCUCGCGCUGGGGCGAGGCGGCGGGCUUGUACACCUCAUCCACCGCCAGCGGCGACAGCACCGCCCUCACCAAGGCGAGCGGAAAUGGCCAGUCCGAAGCACCACCAUUGCGCAUCGCCGACCACGAAGCGGCCCGCGACCUCCUCCAGGCCAUCGCCGACCAAUUCGCCGUCGCGCAGGAGCAAGCGGCAAGCAUUCAACCGGCGCCGAAGGACGGUGGCAUGAUCGACCCGGCCAACGACCUCUCCUCGCCGACGCGCACGCUGCGCACGAAGCUGCGCGCAGCGCUGGGACGGCGGCGAGCGGCGGUGGUCAAGGCGACGCACAGCGUGCAGUGGGCAUUCUACAAAAAGCAGCAGUUCGACGACUUCGUGGCCGAAAUAUCCGAGAACAUCAGCUCGCUCGAAGAGCUCUUCCCGGCCGCCGACGAAGGAGAGAAGGCGGCCACGGAGCGGCGGCUGUGCGAGCUGGGCGCGUCCGACUGCGCCGGCAUCAACAAGGUCUACCUCAAGGUGCUCGGUGCCGUGACCAAGGACGAAGGGUGCGACCCUUACCUCGACGCUGCCGUCGUCGAGGCGCUGAAGCCGCGCGAGUCUGCCCAAGGCGGCACUAACAUCACCAUGGGCAAUACCGGUACCAUCAACGGGCAGCAGAUUGGUCAGGUGAAUGGUGGUCAGAAGGGCUUCAGCUUUGGGACCACGAACAAUUUUGGGAAGGGGACGACGAACCAUUGGGGCGUCGGCGCCAAUUGA